CAAGAAGAGUAAAUGAUGAGGUAAUUGUGCAUUUCGGGUGAACUGUCCCUUUAACACACGAUCAAUAGAGGCCAAUUGCAAGUAUAUCAGUAGUCCUCAACAAAAUAGUUGCCACCGCGUUUCCUCAUGUUUCGGUGAGUUAAUGUUGUGGGUACGCCAAAAUCAAUUUAAUAAUAAUAAUAAAAACAUGCUAUAUUCGACACAGGCGUGGCUUCUGACGUCACGCCCUUUUUACCCGGGAAAUCAUUUCUGGCGCAAAACCCGUGAACAGGACCACACGAGGAGUGCAUUUAUCAGGAUAGAGCGUCAAGAGAGAGAGAAUGUAAAUACAUAACUGGAUGCAAUGUCUAAACGGAAGAGAAUUAGUCCUGUGGAGGAUGCCACUACACACAUUCUGUCUGGCAAAGACAAGCCAUGCUUUGAGGAGAGAUUCAUUAACUCUCAUAAAGGUAGAGGUGUGUUUGCUAGCAUGUCCAUUGACAAAGGAUGCUUCAUUCUUGAAUACCGUGGAAAGUUAAUUUCCCAAGAGGAGAGCCAAAUAAGACAGAAUAAAUACAGUGAAACAGAAAAUACCUUCUUAUUUGACUUUGAUUGGGACGGAAAACAAUGGUGCAUUGAUGCCUCAAAAGAAGAUGGUUCACUUGGGAGAUUAGUGAAUGACGAUUACAAGUCUCCUAACUGUAAAAUUAAAAAAAUAGGUGUUGGAGGCAAACCACAUCUGUGUUUGUUUUCAAUUAAGGACAUAGCUUCUGGUGAAGAAAUAACAUACAACUAUGGAGAUUCAAAAUGGCCAUGGCGUACUCUGAUCAACCGAGCAGACUCUUGCAGUGAUGAGAACACGCCAUCAGAAGAGGCCGCAUGCUUUCCUACCAAAAUCAACCAGAAGUCAACUGAACAGAUCAACCGAGCAGACUCUUGCAGUGAUGAGAACACGCCAUCAGAAGAGGCCGCAUGCUGUCCUACCAAAAUCAACAAGAAGUCAACUGAACAGAUCAACCGAGCAGACUCUUGCAGUGAUGAGAACACGCCAUCAGAAGAGGCCGCAUGCUGUCCUACCAAAAUCAACAAGAAGUCAACUGAACAGAUCAACCGAGCAGACUCUUGCAGUGAUGAGAACACGCCAUCAGAAGAGGCCGCAUGCUUUCCUACCAAAAUCAACAAGAAGUCAACUGAACAGAUCAACCGAGCAGACUCUUGCAGUGAUGAGAACACGCCAUCAGAAGAGGCCGCAUGCUGUCCUACCAAAAUCAACAAGAAGUCAACUGAACAGAUCAACCGAGCAGACUCUUGCAGUGAUGAGAACACGCCAUCAGAAGAGGCCGCAUGCUUUCCUACCAAAAUCAACAAGAAGUCAACUGAACAGAUCAACCGAGCAGACUCUUGCAGUGAUGAGAACACGCCAUCAGAAGAGGCCGCAUGCUGUCCUACCAAAAUCAACAAGAAGUCAACUGAACAGCUACACAGGUUUGCUGCCCGGAUAAACCGACUGAGAGAACAUCAUAACAGACAUGCUGAACGCUUUGAAAAGCUGUCUGAAGCACUUGUAAUUGAAGGACGGGUGCCUGAUAGCUCAGCGAAUGAUGAAUCUGAGAUAUCUUGUGAGGAAUCCUGUUCUGACUACAGUGACAAGGAUUAUGUCCCUGAUUCAGACAGUAGCUCAUCAGACAGCAGUUGUAGAAGUGAAGAGCUUUAUAACUUGCAUGCUAAGCCACUGAAGGGAGGUGUUGUGGGGUUUCAGAGUACAACAGACAGGAGUGCAACAGACAGGAGUGCAGCAGACAGGAGUGCAAGCGCAUUAAAUAACCGCUCCACAUCUGUGACCCCGAUGCCUACUGACCUGCAAAUAAACAGAUACAAGAAGAAACAAUAUUGUGUUUAUUGUCAGAAGCCAUUCUCUAAAAUCGCACGACACUUGGAGUUUGUUCAUCACAAUGAACUGGAGGUAGCUAAGGCAUUCAGCUUUGACAAAAAGUCAAAGGAAAGAAGAGCGAGAUUACACCUUUUGAAAAGCAGAGGGAAUUUUGCCCAUAAUGCUGCAGUUUCAAAAGCUGGAAUUGGGGAAAUGGUUGCUUGCCGGCGGCCCAAAGAAGAAAAAUCUACCUCUGACUUCAGUCACUGUAUCCACUGUCAAGGUCUGUACAACAGAAAGACCCUAUGGAGACACAUGCGAACAUGCCCCCAGAACCCCACAAAUGAAAAACACACAGUUGGACAGAGGAGAGUUCAGUCACUCAUCAGCUUGAGCCUUCCUCCCACCAGCGGAUGUUAG